AUUUUACUAUUGUUAAUGCAGACAGAUUACAAAUAUAAAGUGUUUUUUUUCAACCUACACAAAUGUUUAACUCAUAUCAGUUUUUAACUGGAUAUAUAUAUGUAUCUGAGCUUUUUCUUUUUGAACCGUAACCAUUUUGACCAUGAAUGCCACAUUAUCAGCCACGAUUCUUUUUUUAUUCAUAUGUGUAGAGAUACUAGUACGCGUGAAUACCAAGUCAAUCGAAACAUCAAGGAAUAAAACAUCAAAGUUUCGAUUGCUAGCAAAGAAUUUCAGUGAGGAUGCAUCUGAAGACGUAAAAUAUAUUGACUCGAUGAAUGGCACGAACAAACCAUCGCUUGAGGUAGGCCUCGGUAAGAACAAUAAUUUAGGAGAAGAAACAAACUGUAAAUUGAAAUUGAAGAAAUCCUCAAUAAACAAGUUCAGACAUAUUGUUUAUUAUAAGGAAGCAAGUUUCGUAUUUUUAAAACUUGAACAAAGCUCUGGCGUGAAUAUUAAAGACAGCAAACUUAUUGUUGGUGAAAAUAUUUGGGUAUGGACCUUCUAUGGGAAGGAAGGCGGAAAGGAAAUUUUGAAUUGGCCAAUAGAAUUCAGAAUAUGGUCGCUGGGGUUAUUAUCUAGCUACGUCAUCAGUAACCCGAUGAAAAUGGUUUUAGAACGUGAUUCAGGGAACUGCUCAAAUUUACAAGUUGGUCAGAUAGAUUCGGACAGAGCUAUUAGCAAAGCGUUGUCUGAUCUUACAGAAGAAAUGUUAAAUUUUUCGCAAAAGUAUGGUCCCAGUUUUUACUGCUACAAAUCGCGAGUUUUCAUUGAGCCUCAUUUCAUUUAUAUGCUUUGCAAACAUAUUGUUUGCCCAAUUGAAGCACUGAAGUACAGUUGUUGUUCUUACUUGUAUAAUACGACAUUGCAAAUGCGACACGUGAAUUGUAGGAAGGAAGAGUUUAGGUACGAUCCAAUAAAUUGGAUGCUCCCAACUGUAGUAUCUAUCAUAUUAUUUGGAUUUUGUCCUGUUCUCAUUCUAUACGUUUUGCAUGAAUUUGCAGAUGAAGGUAGAGGUCAUCUGAAGGGAAUUUUACAAAAUAUGGAACAUUGCGCUGGAGAUAAUACUACUUCUUCACUGGAACGACUCGUUCUAUUGGACGAUCAUCAUCACGUGACUUUACUUAAAACGUUAUGUCUACCAAUGAAAACAUGUGGUACAAGUGUGUAUGCAAAGGUCACUAAACCUUGUCAAAUAAUUUUGAAGAAAUUUUGGAGGAUCUUUUUACCAUGUCUUAGUUUGGUUUUUAUUGGGUUACAAGUUUUUCUGGAUUACUUUUACCUUAAUACAUUUGUCAGCACCAGUAUUAAGAAGGGAGUACCAUUGGGAUUCCGGUCCAUUUUAGCCGGUUAUAAAGAAAGUAAGCUUAACUUUAUGCCCUUCUUAGGUGGACCUUUUGUGGCAGUCGGUGUUUAUAUUUUCAUCACGUGUGUGUUAUUGGUCAUUCCAAAUUCUGUAUCGGACCUACUCAUGAAAGGUCUCCAAAACAAUUACAGUGACGAGACAUAUUCUCCCUUACACUUACAACUUCGAUCGAUUGAAGUGUAUGGUUCGUUCAACAUUAGGCGAAGACAUGGAUAUUGCAAGAUUUACAGCGUGCUUCUGGCUCAGUUCUUUAUGCUAAUCAAUAUCAAAUUUUGGAAACAUGUACUGAAUGUUCAAUAUGACCGUUGGAAGACAUGUUGCUGUUCAAAAUUUUGCCUUCCAUUAAUUCCGGCUUUUGCUCUUGUCUGUAUCAUCGAAAUCGUCCUCUGCAUUGCUUUAUAUGGUUACCCAAUCAAUUCAUUUGCUCUGAUUAUCAUCAAAGCAUACUGUGGAAAACUCUGGGCUCAUGUAGGUAACCGAAAAUUCCCUUUAAGAAUAGUAAUCUUAUUGCUUAGUAUUUUACUGAUAACAUCAGUGGUAUAUUUUCUUUUUAUGUUUGCUACAAUUUUCUUUGAUGCUUGUCUUUUUAUCACCAGGGUCGUUGUGUUUACAUUUACCGGUAUCGUUGUCUACCCUAAAGUAUCUUACGGUUAUCUCAUUUUCACAUUCACUGUCAUUUACUACAUUUGGCAAAGCAUUCAAGAAUUUUCCUUCGUGUAUCAACGACUUCUUAAGGAUACUGUUAUAACAUGUGAAGCAUUGCAGAGAGCUAACGACACUGAGAAACUUGUUGUUAAAAGUGGUGAUUACAAAGCAAUCAAGGAAUCACUUUUUGAACACGUCAUUGAAAACCAUUCUCCAAGAAGGAUGCAAGUGUUUUUGUCAGUAUUGAAAGUUGGCGUCAUUAUAACCAUCCUGGGGCUAUCCAUAAAUACCCUUGCAGAAACUGAUGGAUUCCGUGAACUUCAUGUGAUAAUGCAUGUUGGAACAGCUCUUUUUGUAUGUGCAUUACCGCAAAUUAUGAAAUCCAUGUGCCGAAGUUAUGGAGAAAAGUUUAAACAGAAAAGGUUUAGGAAAGAACUGGCAGAUACUAUAAUAAGAUACAUUGGAUAUUGUUCCGUAGAAUCCGAGGAGAGUGACAUUGAAUGAUUUAUGUUCUU